AGUAGAGGAGGGGGGAGAGUAUGGGAAAUAUCAGAGAAGCAUCUUGCUGUGUGGUAUAGCGUUGAUAAGGAUGCUGAUAUGGCAUAUGGGGUGAUCAGGUCACUGGUAUGUUGUAAAGCGGUGAUAAGGGUGCUGGUAUGGUGUGUAUGGCGGUGAUCAGGAUGCUGGUAUGGGGUAUGGCAGUGAUCAGGAUGCUGGUAUGGGGUAUGGAAGUGAUCAGGGCACUGGUAUGGGGUAUGCAGUGAUCAGGAAGCUGGUAUGGCAUAUGGCGGUGAUCAGUGAGCUGGGACGGUGUAUGGUAGUGAUCAGAAUGCUGGUAUGGUGUAUGGCGGAAAUCAGAGCACUGGAAUGGUGUAUGGCGGUGAUCAGUGCACUGGUAUACUGUAUGGUGAUGAUCAGGACACUAGUUUUGAGCAUGGUGGUGAUUAGGAUGAUGGUAUGGGGUAUUGCGGUGAUCAGUACACUGGUUUGGUGUUUGGUGGUGAUCAGGGCACUGGUAUGGUGUAUGGAGGUGAUCAAGACGCUGGUAUGCUGUAUGGUGGUGAUUAGGAUGCUGGUAUGGAGCAUGGAGGUGUUCAGGAUGCUGGUAUGGAGCAUCACAGUG